UGCAUUUGCGUACUAAAAUGUGGUGUGUCCCAUCACUAGAGUACCACAAAAGCAUUACUGUAAAAAAUGACCGUUAUGGAGUGACAUAGACAUCGAUGAUAAGACUAUAGACAUACGUUCGCUGAGAAGUGCAAUGUAUCGAUUUCGAGUUAUGAGGAGAAGCACCGACUGAAAUAUAAUGGCUGCGGCUUCAGCCCAUGGGUAUGGUCUGGUGGAUGACAAGUUGGUUAAGGCCACACAAGAAUGUCUGGACACAGGCAGCAUCAUGCCGAUGCUCAAGGAAGAACUCAGAUGUACUAUACAAAACAGACGACUAGCGGAGGGCAAGACAGAACUGACCGUUCAAUUCACACCCCCAACAGAGCAACAGCUUAAUGCAGAAGAGAUCAUAAAGAAGGAAAACAGAAGGGAACAGAACAGAAGAGCAGCACGAAAGUUUCGCCAGAAACAAGCUACAUUAUCUCAAAACUUCCAAAAGAGAAUAGAACAAUUGGAAGCAGAAAAUAGAAGGCUGACAACACAAGUGAAACGACUUUCCAAUGAGAAGAGCUACCUACAAGGAAAGCUACAUGCCAAUCGUUCUGUUUGUGGGGACUGUGCUCGAUGCUCCUGAUAUAGUGACGCUCUGUUUGUGGGGACUGUGAUCGAUUCUCCUGAUAUAGUGACGCUCUGUUUGUGGUGACUGUGAUCGAUACUCCUGAUAUAGUGACGCUCUGUUUGUGGGGACUGUGCUCGAUGCUCCUGAUAUAGUGAUGUUCCUCCUUAACUAUAACACCCCGUGUUGGAAUCGGUCUUCUGUCUAUUAUCAUCAAUUGAAAUAAUAAUGCCAUUACCGAAAUUAAUUAUUCCACCGUAUUUUUCUGUGUGAUGGAAAUCUACGUAAUGUAUUAUACAAUGUAAUCACCGUAUGUUAUGUAAUUGGUAGUAUAUCGAGCUCAUAUAUUUAUUAUUCAUACAUUUGUAAAUAGACCAUCAGCUUUCCUCAGGGAAUCUUACAUAUGUUAGUAUGGUUUCCAUUCUAGUCAAAAGCAUCAUGUUAUCAUAUCGUUCAACUGUUAUUGUUGUAUUAUACAAUUUGCUAUAUAUAAACCGAUGUUACCUCAUGCUAAUUGCGGCAUUAUCAUCCACAACAGACAGUGGGAUUAGCCCCCUUUCCUUAAACUUACAUUUGAGUCACGAUGUCCUUCCUGUUACAUACUGUUUGUCCUUGGAUGCGUUUAAAAAUCAAAGCAUUCCAAUAAAUCAAUGAUUUUUUUCUGGAAAAAAGGCAACGACAAAUCCAUAUUUUACAUUUUUGAUGUUUAUAGUAUUGUAAGAAAAUGUAACAGCCACGAAUAUAUAUAUAUAUAAAAGAAAAGAAACAUUGUUAUUCAUCUCAAAAUAUCUAAAGAAAAUUUCAAUAAUAAAGAUAUGUAUUCUUUUGUUUUGAAACUGUAUGGAUAUACAAGUAUGUGAUUGUCGAAAACAAAAACACACAGGACAUAGCCGGAUGAGUUGUCUCCCUUCAAAAUGUCGGAUUUUUUACUGAGGGAUACCAUUUUCACAAUUAUAAUUGUCUUCCCUCAAAUAAAUAAAGAAAAAAAAUGAAUGAAUUCAAUAACAAUUAUUAUAUCAAAAUAUUCCGUCGACUGAACUCUGCAUUUGAGGAGAACGGGAUUAAAGUUAAGUGUCGUCUGCUUCACUGCCGUUAUUUGGAAUGUAAAUCUAUGUCAAAUCCUAGUAAUGUCACGUCCUCACAUCUGACACUCGGACAGAGACAACAAAACCACAAGGCACACAAAUGCGCACUAACACUACGUAAUUAAAAUGCCCUAUACCCAACGAAAAUGACGACACGAAAGUACGAUAAGACAAAUCUUAUAUAUUACGUAGAGUAGAAAUCGCCGUUUAUGUUACAGGGUACAUACAUAUCGAGGUUACGCAAGCUUUGUGUUUGUGUUUCCAAUAUCCGGUAAUAUUGUGAAACAGUUAUGAUGACGAUAUUUAUUGUAUAAAAGUAGCAAUAAUAAUUAUAAUUUUGGCGUUAAUAUAUAUAUUUAUCCGCGAACAUCAGUGAUAUGUUAAAUUUCGUUUAGUAUAGUUAGAUUUCACCUGUGGUUAUCUGAGUCCAAGCUGCUGAUACAGCUUGUCUCAUGUAUACUGUAAUCACAAUGACGUGGAUUUCAAAGCAACGCUCAAAAUACUAUACAUAAAGAAAUAUACUGAUUUUGUAACUUUUCCGAAUGAUAUGAAGCCACAUGCUACAUUUAAUGUAAUGCAGUCGAACCUCGUUAUCUCGAAGUCGACGGGAUCGUUGUGAAACUUCGAGUUAUCCGAGUAUUCGA